AUGGCUAUCAAAAGCAACAAUCCCUUUUGGAGCAUUGAAGAUCCUUCAUACGAAGAUCUAACUCUCCCCUGCAAUGCCAGACUAGAUCCCUCAGUCCAAGAUCUUCACCUACAUCAGCCUCAUCCAACUCUCCCCAUUAGCCUUUCUACACACUCUCUCAACAACCCUUUUGCAACUCCCCCACCAAGUCCCCCCAUCAGCCCAAUAUCUACCCCACCGCCAGCCAUAUCCUUCGACCGCAGCGCUCGCAAAGUUGGCAUCUACAGUCCUUCCACUUCCUCCCUAAGCAGUUUCUCCAACGAAAGACCCGCCAGCAAUCUUCUUCGCCCUAAGUCUACCAAGAAGGCAUCAAUAUGGACAAGAUUCUGGCGUUCGUUGAAUAAUCAGUUCUCCCCAAAGGCCUUCUGGGAACUUAUUCACCCGAAAGAGUACAUCUACCCCAUGACGCUCAAGAAGGGCGCUGCACUUGCAUUCGUUUGUUCUUGUGUUGCUGCGCUUGUUAUCUCGAAUUGGUUCACUGGUUGGAUGGGAAAGGCUAUUGCUCAGACUCGGAGUUACAUGCUCCCUGUUCUUGUUAUUGUUCUUACUCUUGAACCUCUUAUGUUUCUUAUAAUCUUGUCUAUUGCCAGAGUUCCACCAUACAACCCGCCCAAGACGCAUUCCCCUUCGGUUGUGCGGGAGACUGUGGAUGAGAAGAAUCCUAGCGAUCUAGAGCGCGGCGUGGUGGCGGCCGUCGCAGAGGCCUGGGAAACCGCCUUUGUGAUUCCUUGCCACAACUCAGACCGCGAAGCUUUACGAAAGGUGAUCGAGUCCGCAUAUCCCCAUUUCAGACCCCAAGACAUCUUCAUCAUCGACAACGGUCGAUCUCGCCAUCCACAAGACCUCUCCUUCCGCCACUGGCUCAAAAAUCUCCAUCCCGAUCUCGUCUAUAUCUGGUCCCCCAUCGGUUCCAAGAACGCAGCUCAACUCGUCGGUUCCCUAGCAGCCAAGAACUACAAGUACAUCCUAACAACAGACGAUGAUGUCUCUCUCCCUGAAAACUACCGCCAUCCAAUUCAUCUCAUGAACGACCACCUACGCGCCGUUGCUUUUCCUCUAGCAGGUACUGAUGCAGAGGGUAACACUCCCUUGGGCAUGGUCUCUUGGCAGGACUGCGAGUACCGCAUGGCUGGUCUUGUCAAACUCGCUGAGGAUCGUACAUGCGGCGUUAACUUUCCCCACGGCGCUGGAUGGUUCGUCGAUCGGGAUAUAUUCGUUGAGCUUCUAUCGAAAUAUCAUCCUAUGGAUUUCAUUGCUGAAGAUGCUAAUGCUGGGUUUUCUAUCAUGCGUCUUGGGAAGGGUAUUGCUUUUGAUGCGCAGGUUACGCUUGCGACUGAAGUUCCGGCGACUGUGCUUGGUCCGGGGCUGAACUGGUGCAAGCAGAGGAUCAAGUCAUGGGAAAUGGGAAGGCAUAGUCUGAUCUGGAAGAUAAUGCGUCAUCUAUUUCGCAUGAACGGGCAGAGAACGAUCCAAGGAGUUCUUAUGCAAAAGGGUCUCUUUCUUUACGUCCUCGCCUGCCUAGUCAUCGACUGGGUGCGUAUUCCCGUCCUGGUCGCUCUCGGCGCGCAUAAAGAAUACUGGAUCUUUUUCUUCAGUCUUGCCUUUGUCGCCUGUAUUCCUCCCCUUCUCUACAACUAUCUCAGUUGCUGGCACCGUCCUGAUAUGCGCAUUGGACUUGCCACCAUCGCUACUUAUCCUGUUUACAAGCAGCUGUACAGUUUUGUCUCUGUUUUUGGUGCUGUUCGUUGGGCACUGUUUUACAUUGGGGGACAUGUGAGAGCGAAGCCUAUUCGGAAGAUGCUCAAGGAUGGAGAUGAAGCGUGUUUCUGGCUGGACCCAAGAUUUGAGACGAAUCCUGCUUGGUUGGCGGAUGAGAAGGAAAAGAAGGUAGCUGAUGAAUUGGCAAUGAGAGACGUUGGAUCGACAUAA